AUGUCGAGUUCUCGGGAGAUGGUGGCAGCCCCUGUAUCAAUGGCACUGCAUUUAUCGUUGUCUUUCGUGCAGCAAGCUACGAGGCUCUUCAUCACGAGUCACCAGCGCCUGUCUGCUUCCGGGGUGUGUCAGUCGGUGCAAACGAUUCGACGCUCGUGUCCACAGAACCGGAAUAUUUCGUGUCCUCCACGACGGGGUCUGCAACGGAACGCCCUCUUGUGGCACCUGGACCCAGACAGUGGCGAACGCGGUGCGCUUGUGGUGUCGCUAUCCUCGGAGCGCCAAGGUGCCGGCACUGGGGCCGGCACCGGCGAGCAUGGUGGCGCAACGGCAACCGAGUCCGCGAAUAACAGCAAAUGCGCUCGCGGGGUACCGCCCCAGUCGGUGCUCUUCCGGCAAGUGCUUCGCCAUGACGGCUGGAAGGAGCUUGCCGCGGUUGCUGAGUUACGAACGCUUGUUUUUUCACCGUAUGCUGCAGAUCCAUGGUUUUUCGCUCGGCGCAAGGAAGAACUCUACAACUGUAUGCGCAGUCGGCUGGAGAUCAACCCCGGCCGCAACCACACAUUUGUCCUGGUACCUCGGGAUCCUAACGCCUGGACGGAUGCAGGCGCAGAUCUGCCAGCGAAGGGAAUCAUCGGUACUGCGGAUGUGACCGAGUAUCCAAACCCAUGCGAGGAUGAUGGACUCUGGUUUGGCCCCGGCUACCUGUUCCCGUUUUUGCUCUCGGCGGAUCGGACGAAGACACGACGUGUCGCCAAAGAGAGCACGGCUGGAGAGGCUCUGGAGGAGACCAGGAAGCCCGGCUCGGUUUACAUCUCGGGUCUGGCGAUUGCGCCGGGGUUCCGACGUCGCGGACUCGGGCGCUUCGUUCUCUGGGAAAUCGAACGAUGGACGCAGAGGAGAUAUUGCGAAGCCAUGUAUCUCCAUGUCGAACGUCAUAAUGUUGCAGGGGUGAGACUUUACGAAACCUUUGGCUUCCGACCCGUUCAAGAACGAGAGAUCGCUCAACUGUGGAAGAAGCGAACUGGGGAACGGGAACACUUGCUCAUGUGCAAGCCGCUGGAGCUGGUUACGAGUUGA